AUGUGGAAGGAGGACAGUUGGGUCGAGACGAACGAGACAGUCUGGGACUGCACGGAGAUUCGGCCGCCGUGCUCGCAACCCGGGGAGUCUUGCGCAGUUACUAAAUGUUGCUCUGAUCCCGGCGCGAAGUGCUACAAGAAGAAUGACUAUUGGUUCGCGUGCAACCAAACUUGCAACCCAAACUACAUGUGGAUGGAGAACGGCUGGGUCAAGACGAACGAAACGGUGUGGGACUGUGAAGUCAUCAGCAUCGACAGUAUCGAUGCUUCGACUGACUCCGAUGUCAGUAUUGCCGUUGACGCCGAUGUGUCGGCAGACGCCGCGAGUAGCUCCGAUGCUGCGACAGCCUCCGUUUGCUCGCAGAACGGGGAGUCUUGCGCACUUACUAUGUGUUGCGCUGAGGUUGGGUCGAAGUGCUACAAGAAGAAUGACCAUUGGAGCUCGUGCAACCAAACCUGCGACCCGAACAGUCUGUGGACGGUGGACGGAUGGGUCACGACGAACGAGACAGUUUGGGACUGCACGGAGGUUCGGCUCCCAUGCUCGCCAAACGGGGCGUCUUGCGCACUGUCCCAAUGCUGCGCUGAUCCUGACGCGAAGUGCUACAAGAAGAACGACUACUGGUUCGCGUGCAACCUAACUUGCGACCCCAACUCCAUGUGGACGGAGGACGGCUGGGUCAGGACGAACGAAGCUGUUUGGGAUUGCGGUGAACAUAUCAUCGAUGAAUCAGAGGCCUCGCAGAAUCUCUGGGACUGGCUGCUGAACCUGCUUCGAAGGUAG